UUGAGCGUCUUCUACCUCCAGUACAGUAGGAGGCGCUCUGCAGCUCUUCAGUCCGCCGAUAAACCCACUAAAGAAAGCAUUAAAGCAAGCGAUCCGUCGCGUGUGUUUGUUUGUGUUGUUUUCUCUUCUGUGUUUCAUUAAAUGUAAAGAUAGUCUUAUCGCUGUGUAUUUAAGUGUUAACAAGUUAAUGUUGAAAUGGAUGUGGAUUGUUGUGAAUCGUCAGUCUAUGUGACUCUCGGGGGCUCCACAGAAUGUCUGGAUUCAGUGUGGAUGAGCAGAGAUCAGAGCCGCACACCGCAGUCACUGCUGGACUCCAAACUCUCUGAAGAGAAAUCCAGACACACACAGGACUCAGAGCUCAGUCUGACUUUACUCUGUUAUACUGAGUCAAAGCCCACAGACUCUCAGGACACCACAGUGUGUGACAGUAAACAGAGCUCACAGGAUGAUCAAACCUCCACAGAGUCUCUGGAUUCAGCCUGUAACGCUGGAGAACAACAACAGAUCCUGAAGAUGUGUUCAGUCAAACUAAUCGACCCCAGGAACUUGAUGAUGGAGAUUAAAACUGAACCCUCAGAAAUAAAAUCGGAACCCACGGAAAUAAAAACUGAACCCACAGAAAUAAAAACUGAACCCACGGAAGAGGAAGAUUGCAGUGAGGAAGAUUAUGCUUUUAUUUUGUCAGAUGUAAAGAGUGAAUCAUGUUUGGGUGGAGAAAUAACGUCCUCGACUCUUUCCUGCAUCACCGGUGGAGAGACACUGAGCUCACAGAGACAUGAGAGAGAAAACAGAGAACAGAAACUCUUCACCUGCACCAGAUCUGAGAUCAGCUUUACUACCUUACAAGAGAAGAAACUUCAUUCAGAAGGGCACGGAGAGAAGAAGAAGAAGCAGUUUCAAUGUGAGCAUUGUGGGAAGAUUUCUGGCUCUUCCUUUAAUCUAAAAGUUCACAUGAGGACACACACUGGUGAAAAGCCUUUCUGCUGCACUGAAUGUGGAAAAUACUUCAGCACCAAAGAAAAUCUUAAUACUCAUAAGAGAAUUCACACAGGAGAAAAACCAUACAAGUGUCCUCACUGUGAGAAGAGAUUUACCCAUAACCAAUGUCUUAAGACGCACGUGUUUAUACACACCAAUGAGAGACCGUAUCCGUGCAGUGAAUGUGACAAAGCCUUUAGGGAUUCAGGUUCGUUAAAAUCACACCUUAAUAUUCAUUUUAAAGAGAAACCCUAUCAAUGUUCACACUGUGAUACACGUUUCUGUCAUGAAUAUCAGCUGAUAGUCCAUGAGAGAGUUCACACUGGAGAAACAUCUCAUCACUGUAGUGUUUGUGGGAAGAGUUUUGAUAAUCAUGAACAUUUAGUGGCACACCAGAGAAUUCAUAGAGGUGAAAAACCUUACAAAUGCUUUCAGUGUGACAAGACGUUUACCCAUUUAGGUAACUUAAAAGCCCAUCAGAGAGUUCAUACAGGAGAGAGACCUUAUCAUUGUAGUGUUUGUGGAAAGAGUUUUAGUCAGCAGUCAAACUUUAUAAAGCACCAGAGACUUCAUACAGGUGAAAAACCAUUUAAAUGCUCUCAAUGUGACAGGACGUUUGCUCACUCAGAUUACUUAAAAGUCCAUCAGAGAGUUCAUACUGGAGAGAAACCUUAUCACUGUAGUGUUUGUGGAAAGAGUUUUAGUCAACCGUCAAACUUUCUAAAGCACCAGAGAACUCAUACAAGUGAAAAGCCUUUGAAAAUCGUCACAGUUUAAUAAAGCAAUAAGUCCCAAAAAGCAGUGGGUUACCAGUGCAUUUUAUAAUGUUUUGCAGUAAAUGAUAAAAAAGAAUUGAUUUCAGAUGUUUAUCAUUUGAAUAUGUUAACAUGGCCGACAGCUGCAUAUAGUUUGCUUUCUCUCAUUAUUAACUUAAAAUAUGGAUAAAUUAUGGAUAAGCGUACCCAGCUGAAUAUAAACCAGUGCUAAUCUGUGGUAAUAAUCAUGACAUGGCAUCUAUUGCGCAAAUUAAUUACUUAUAAUGAUUAGUGCUUGGUAAAGAUUAAUCGCGAUUAAUCGCAUACAAAAUAAAAGGGAUUUUUGGCAUAAUAUAUGAGUGUGCUGUGUGUAAUUAUUGGGUCUCAUUCAUGAAACACGAGCAGAACGAAUUUUUGUGUAAAUCGUUCGUAAAGUCCUUUUGGCGUACAUUUUCGGAUUCAUGAAAAUGUUCGUAUUUUCCAAAUGUUAGUUGGUACGAAAGAAAUCUACACCUGCUCCAAGCCACGCGUAAAUUGUGUGUUUAACAUCCGAACGUUUUGCUCAUCAAUUAGGCUGUAUUUUAAUUCACCGUAAUCAUGUACAUAUUACACAGCAUUUUGUAAAAAAUAUUAUACAGUAAUUAUAUACGUUUUAUCUUUUAACUUUUAUGAUAAGCUCCAGUAAUAGCAUCUGCAAACGGAACACUUUAAUCAAAUAAAUUAUUGAUUUCAAUAGGCCUGGGCAAACGAAAUUGUUAAGGAAAUUGUUUCCUAUAAAAUGGCCAAAAUCAGGCAUAACACAUUUACGAUGGCUAAUAUAUAGAUUUGGCAGAGCGCUGCGCAAAAGGCGUAUUUUUAGAGACCGCGCAGACUUACUUGCCGAGAAUGAAGACUGGUUAAUUAGUCGUUUCAUGCUACCCAGACCAGUUCUUUUUUGAAAAGUUAAAUCUGCUCAAAUGUAAACUGCUUGUGUUUUUUCUCUAAAAUUAUAUAUUUUUUAUUUUUGAAUAAGAUUUUUUCGAAGUUAACUAAUUCAUAGUUAACUAAUAUGGAACUGUUUGAUUAACAGAUGAAAUUUCAUUAACAGCAUCUGUAGUGCUGCCAAGCUUCCUUUUUUUAGGACCUGAGACGCCACUAUGUAUGCUUGAAAAUAAAAUUUGGCUUUUUGAAUUAACUUCUUAUAAUAAAACUUUAAUUUCUGCAUCUGAUACAUUUUUCUUUUUCAUUUGCUUUUAAGAAGACAUGCUGAAAUCCUUCGUUUGGUGUCAUAAUAUGAUGCCCAUAUAUAGUUGUCAGUCAGAUUUAAUGGGCGGGAUUUAUGGUAAUUGAGAAUAAGCGUGCACGCGCGUCCCAUGUACGACUGAUUGGAAUUCAUUAACAAAUACACACAUUUAACUAUCAAAUCUGACGUUUACGAAGUAUUUGUGAAUCAGGAGGAGAGUUUUCGGGAAGGUCUGUUUACGUGCAAAUCACUCACAUAUUUACUCAUAUAUUUACGAAUGUUUCAUGAAUGAGACCCAUUAUGUAUAAAUAAAUACACACACAUUCAUGUAUGUUUUUAAGAAACAUGUACAUGUUUAUAUAUAUAUAUUUAUUUAUAUUUUUAUAUAUUCUAUAUUAAAUAUUUAAAAAAUUUCUAUAUAAGUAAAACAAUUCUGAAAUGAAUAUAUGAAUGUGUGUGUGGUUAAAUAUACAUAAUAAUUAGACACAGUACACGAACAUUUAUUAUGCAAAAAACCACUUUUAUUUUGUAUGCGAUUAAUCGCGAUUAAUCUUUGCCCAGCACUAAUAAUGAUAUGAUGCAACAUACGCAACUCGGAAAAACUAUGGGUAUGCAUUUUUUGCAGAAAAAUUUGCCAAUUGUUCCACCAAUGAACUAUCUGUGCCGAUAAAUCAGUUUGGUCUACCUCUAAAAUACUGUAAACAAAAUUUUGUAAUCAUAUGCAGCAAUUUUUCUUUUUAUUAUUAUUGUUAAUAUUGUAUUAGUAUAAAGACAAGCUAGUGAUCAAAAACAAAAUGUAUUAAAUGCAAUGCAUGAAUAUCAAUUUACUGAGUGAGUAAUCCACUAUUUGUGAUCCUGCCUGUGAAAUCCAGACUGAAGUCUCAAAAUCAAAUUCUGAGAUAACGAGCAUUAAAGGACAAGUUCGGUAUUUUACACUUAAAGCCCUGUUUUCAGAUUGUUUAUGAUUAAAUAGAACGGUUUUGACAGAAAUUUUGACAUAUGCAGCUGGCCCGAGAAUUUUCGGGUGUUUCUUGUAUCACCUCCCACCUCUAUAAUGGCUUUAUAGGUGCACUGG